UGUCCUUGUUUGUGCGUUUUAAUCAGCGAUUGGAGAAUAACAGGUAGCCUUGUCCGUCCGCCCCUCGCACCCAUAUACACCCAGGAGGGAAGAGGGAGAAGCAUUAAAGCAGAAUAAACCCUCUUUUUGACGCUGUGGUUUUUUUGUUUUGUUGUUGUUGCGGGGCGCCGACAGAAGAAGCAGUCAGCGGGCGUUAACAGCCGGGUGGAGGCGCAACGUGUUUGCACUGAGUGUCACCGCAGUCGGGCUUUGUAUUUAUACGAACCAGCCUGAUUUAAUGGGGCUGCCGUCAGCCCUCCUCGCCGCCUCUGGACACCUGAUCGCCGUGAUUCACGCUUGAAUUUAGACCCACUGAAGACGACAUUGUGGAUAUGGAAUGGUGCAUGCCGCUGGGCCAAGUUUUCAGCCUCUGAGAAACACCGGAAUCAUGGACAGUCACCCGCUGUGCACUAGACUUUGUCCACACACUCUGGACAAAGAAGAUGGAGUCGAGCGGCAAGGUCCUGUCACUCUCAACCCCCGGCACAUGAGGAAGGCGUUCAAAGUCAUGAACGAGCUGCGCAGCCAGAGCUUGUUGUGUGAUGUGACCAUAGUGGCGGAAGAUGUAGAGAUCUCUGCUCACAGGGUGGUUCUGGCUGCUGGGAGUCCCUACUUCCACGCUAUGUUCACAGGUGAGAUGGCAGAGAGCAGGGCGAAGCGAGUGAGGAUAAAGGAGAUGGACGGUUGGACUCUGGGAUUGCUGGUAGACUACAUCUACACAGCGGAGAUACAGGUCACAGAGGAUAACGUGCAGGCGUUGCUGCCUGCAGCAAGCCUACUCCAGCUGAAUGAGGUGAAAAAGGCUUGUUGUGAGUUCCUGAGCUCUCAGCUUCAUCCAUCCAACUGUCUGGGAAUACGAGCCUUCGCUGACCUACACGCCUGCUCUCAGCUCCUCACACAGGCGAACAGCUAUGCAGAGCAACAUUUCACUGAGGUGGUUGGGAGUGAAGAGUUCCUCAAUUUGGGCAUGGAGCAAGUGUCUAGCCUGAUCGCCAGCGACAAGCUCGCCAUCCCCACAGAGGAGAAGGUUUUUGAGGCAGUGAUAGCUUGGGUCAACCAUGACAAAGACGUCCGGCAGGAACAUUUGGCUCACCUGAUGGAACAUGUUCGCCUGCCGCUUCUUACGAGAGAGUACCUGGUGCAGCGGGUAGAGGAGGAGUCUCUGAUUAAGAAUAGCAGUGCCUGUAAAGACUACCUGAUUGAAGCCAUGAAGUACCACUUGCUGCCAGCUGACCAGAGAGCUCUGAUGAAAACUGCACGCACACGCAUAAGGACUCCAGCCUGCUGUCCUAAGGUGAUGGUUGUGGUUGGAGGCCAGGCUCCCAAGGCCAUACGCAGUGUUGAAUGUUAUGACUUUGAGGAGCAGCGAUGGUACCAGGUGGCUGAGCUCCCGACCAGGAGGUGCAGAGCAGGUGUGGUGUACGUUGGUGGGUGUGUCUAUGCGGUUGGUGGUUUCAACGGUUCGCUGCGUGUGCGGACGGUCGACUGUUACGACCCGAUGAUGGACCGCUGGACGAGUGUGAGCAGCAUGCAAGACCGUCGGUCAACGCUUGGGGCUGCUGUGCUCAAUGGACUCCUGUACGCUGUGGGGGGCUUUGACGGCAGCACAGGUCUGUCGACAAUCGAGGCAUAUAACGCUAAGACAGACGAGUGGUUCCAUGUGUUGCCCAUGAGUACCCGACGAAGCAGUGUAGGAGUGGGUGUUGUCAAUGGGAUCUUGUAUGCAGUUGGAGGUUAUGAUGGUGCAACCAGGCAAUGUCUGAGUACAGUAGAGGCGUACAACCCUAAAAGCAACACGUGGAGCUACAUCGCAGAGAUGGGCACGAGACGCAGCGGAGCAGGUGUGGGUGUGUUAAAAGGUUUACUGUAUGCUGUGGGGGGUCAUGAUGGUCCAUUGGUGAGGAAGAGCUGUGAAGUUUAUGACCCUGCCUCUAACAGCUGGCGACAGGUAGCUGACAUGAACAUGUGUCGACGCAACGCGGGUGUGUGUGCUGUAAAUAACGUACUCUAUGUGGUGGGAGGAGACGAUGGCAGCUGCAAUUUAGCCUCUGUGGAGUUCUACAAUCCAAACUCAGACAAGUGGACUCUACUGCCUACCUGCAUGAGCACAGGACGCAGUUAUGCAGGUGUGACUGUGAUCGAUAAGCCCUUAUGACUGCUCUUGACACCUGCCACUGAUAUGGAGCAGAAUAUAUUCUCCUGCUGAAUACUGAUCUUGGAUCUGUCUAUAAUGCCAAUGCUUUGAUGUUGGGCAGCAUUAGCACAGGUGCUGACAAAGAUGAAGAAAAUGACAAGAUUGUUGUUGUUGGGGAUGAUGAAGAUGAAGAUUUUUGCACUUACCUGAUUGGGGGAGCUGUAACAAAGGGGUGGGGUGGUCAAACCCGUGUUUUAACCCCCUCCUGGCAGGAGUGCUGCGGGCGACUGGACGACCAAGUUUGAGGCACCACUGUACCGCUGCAGUGUCAUUAAAACGCUACUGAUAUGAAGCUACUAUAACUGCAAAGUUACUUUAACAUUAGUAAUGUUAACAUGAACUAGCUCUGAGAGAGACCACUGAUCUAAUCUAUGGGAGAGAAAAGACCAUUUGGGACUGAAAUCUUUGUUUCUCCUUUGUUUUUUAUCCUCCUGAAACGUGUGUCCGUGUCUGAGUGUGUGUGUGUGUGUGUGUGAGAGCGUGUGCUUGCAUUUAAAAGUGCUCCUUUGCCUCCACAUGACAGUAUGUGUUUGUGUGCAUUUGAGUCUCUGUGUGGUGGUAUGACGCCGCAUGAAUGCGCUCUGUCUGACCUCUGACCUUUCACAGUGUUGCAGUAAAGUUCAAGAGUGCCUGAAUGUCAAAUUACACCCCUGAUUCCCUCUUCUUCUUCUCCUUUGUCACGUCUCGAGUACUGUUACCAUACAGAGCGCAGCUGGACUCGGCGCCGCUGUUCUGGGAUAAAGAAAUACAUUUGAAAGCUGACUCUAGAUCGGUGAUGACGUGUCGGUUGCGUUAGUCCGCAUGAAUUGAGAACAGCCACGUGAGAAGCAGUUGCAGAAAAUGUACAUUUCUUCUAAAAAAACUGACUUUUCACUGGAAUACAACUCUUCUGGUAAAGGAGAAGCCUCAUUCAUGUUGCCAAAAACAUUGACAGACAGAGAUGCUGUUUGAGAAAACAAAAACAAAAAUUCUGUUGGAUGUAUCAGUGCUUUACUGUCUUUGCUGUGGUUGCAACCACUAAUGACACCAACAGCCUGAGCCCACUGCAUGGCCCUCAUCUCUAUCCUUCAACAGUACCCUUCUCUCCCUUGGUGUAGCAACCCUAUUUACUACUGCGCACCCUGACGUACUAUGAAUGUGCCAAUUUCAAUAUGUCUCUUUGUUUCUGUCUCUCUUUACUACUUUACUAAUCUGUUCUCUCUGUCUGGAAAGUGACCAAACCUACUCUUGAUUUUCUUUUCCUUCACCCUCUUUCUCUUCCCUCUCCUCCUAUAUUGAAAUUACUAUAAUAGUAACUGGUAUCGCUGUUUCUUGUCAGUGUAUUGAGGAAUGUCAUGUAGGCUAAUGACUUUGACAAUGUUUAAUUACUUGUUUUAUAUUAUCAUUAAUAAAUAUGCUUCUUGUAUUUAAAGCUGUGAAAUGAUAUAAUCUGUUUUUAAAACUUUGCCAAAUCAGUAAAAUAUUGAAAUGGAA